AAUGGGUUGUCUAAAUUAUCAGCAAUACAGAAAAACAAUCACCCACCAAGUUACAUGCGUCGUAACUCGUAUAAGUGGGGCCGAUGCGUAUGAAACAGAACACCCUUGUUAUAACGAAUGUGUUUGCCCGCCAUGUGAGGAUAAAUAAGUUACAUCCUUUUCGAAUAUAAUGAUGAAACAUAGGUACAAGCGUUGGUUUGGGUUGAGGCACCCUACAGCUACACCUUGCAAAGGUAACACAACAUCUGCUGCAAUAAAUGCUUCGGUUAAUUAAGGACGAAAGGAAGCAAACGACAAACGUUUCCGGAUUGUAAGGCAAGCUUCUGUAUGAGCGAAUAAUGUAACGAUUGUUAAAACAAUGCCAGCCGUGGAACAAAACAAUGGUCUUACGUUACGUCAUAAUGGUUGCAGAAUUAUAUGAAUUGUAGUUUAGAUUUAGUAGUUAGUUAUAUUUUUACUUUAUAAUAAAAUAGGAUUGUAACAGAUUUAAAAGUAUUGGUAUUUCGGCAAUUCAAAAGCGAUAAAAUAAGUUACUAUAGUUUUCAGUUGCUGGAAUAAGUACAGUCGUUGUAUAUAAGCAUGGCCUACUAAAAAUAUCUUCAGCAGGCCGUGUGGUAAAAGCAUGUGUGCGUAUUUAAUUGCUGUACAUUCAUAAAGUUAAGAUUGCAGUCGAGCUUUUAUUUCACUUUUUGCUUAAUUAAGGUUUCCCUGUAGCGUAUAUAAAGAGUGACUGACACCCCAAAAAAUCCCUUGUCCCUUUAAAUUCAUAAGCUUGCGCCCGAAAUAGCAUCGCGCAGUUUGCGGCUAAAACACCGAAAUUGAAUUGACAAACAGAGACAUCGGUAUCCUGUGUUCAGCCCAAUAACUAGAUAUGCGUGCAAAUGAUGUUUCUGUUCAGUUGUGACCAUAAGGUUCAAGAGUUUGUAGCAACAGGGCUUCUGUAGACGUGUAUUGAGACAAGCCACAAUUGGCAAAUUUGCUUUACACGAAUAGAACGUUGUUCCAUGGCCCACUAUUCGCAUGGGAAAUACCAACUGUUUCCGAGUAUACGCAGUCUGACCAAUACAACUUUGUGUUCAAGUCUCGAACUUGAGAUUUUCAGACAUAAUGUUUUCCAGCUUUGAGGUCGGUUUGUUUAGAACAGUUUUUAAACUCAGCAGCCGCGCUUUUAUUUAAUGAUUUUCUUCGGUAGUUUUACCUGAAACGUGUUGUUAACGAUUGUCGUUUUGCCGCUAAUUCCCUUCUCGUCGUUGUUUUAAUUAAUUUGAUCUCCGCCAUCGUUUUCGAAGAGAUGCAUAAUACUUUAUGUUAUGUGAUUGUUCCAGCAUUGUCGGUGAUUCUAGAGUUCCAUAAAACAAAACGAUUUCCGAAAACAUGUUUAUCUUCGACGCUUUAUCAGCGACAUCUGUGCCGAAUUUCCCAGGUCUGUUACGUCACAGUGACUUCAAUGACGGAAUAAAAGCUUUCUUCUGUUGCGUCACUAUAAGAGCUAAAGUCAGAAAUCUGGAAUCCAGUUUCUAAUUUAGAAGCAGACAAACGAGUGAAGUUUGUACAAGAAGUGAAUCAUCGCAAGGAGACGAAUCCAUCCCAAGUUGCGGUUGUGUAAAAUUUCUAACAAUAUUCCAACUCAACGAGAGCUUUUACAGCUUCGGGUUUGUGGUAAUGCAAUUAUAAGGUCCAAGUAGAUGGGAGGUCGUAUAUAGUCCAGACGGCGCAUUUAAAAUGUGUGAGAAUCAGACGACCUGAGUUGGAUAAACGUAGAUAUUAACAAUGUCGUUACGAAUACCGGAUAACCCCACCACCCCUAACUUCAACUUCACCACCCACCUACCAAACAACACUAACCCAUAUAUUGGGCAAUGUAAAUGGAAUAUAUUGAACACAACUUUGGCUUUGUUCCUGGCGCUUACUAUUCUACUCAACUUGGCGGCUUCGUUCGUUUUGUUCAGAGUUCCCCUUGUGACAGUAAGAGGGCGAAGCAACCCAGUGUAUUUGUGCAUAAGGUUUCUAAACAUCACUGAUUUAAUACAGGCGGUUCUUUUGCUGUUGAUGCCAAUAUUCGCCACGCCGGAUUGCAACUGGGCAGGUGGUAUGGUAUCAUGCAGGAUCAUGGGUUUCUUGGCUUUGUUUCUGCUUCUCGUGUCUCCGCUCAUCACAAUACUGAUGGCGUUCGAUCGCGUCAUCGCGUUGUACCAACCAUUCAAGUACAGAAGCCAUCUUGGAUUGACGAUGUUAAAAGUCCUUCUCCCGGCUGCGUGUGGCUUCGUUUUGUGUACGACCAUCUUGCCCAUAUUUGGUGUUGGAGAGUAUCACGUGGUCAGAGGACGAAGGAUGUGCUUGCUUGAUACGAAUAAUGACGAUCGCAUCGACCAAAUAUACGCGUUGGUCGUUCAUUCGAUAUUUCUCUGCGCUCUCUUGUUUAUGGCAGCGUGUACUGUGACGUUUCAAUUGAAAUUAUGUCGAAUGAAUUUCGACAAAAAGCAUCAAUCACAAACAAACAGAAAACGGCGAACGGGACGAACGCGAAACGCGACGAUUACAACAAUGGCCGUUUGUUGUAUAUUCAUUAUCUGCUAUCUACCAUACGUGAUUCGAGUUCUAGCCGAAGCAUCAACCGGUGUGAAGUCAUCAACUUGGUUCACCUGGCUUACAUUUGGACUUGCUUUCCUACAACCCAUGCUUAACCCGGUCGUGUAUGUUGCUACUAAUGUCAGAUAUCGACAAGAAUUGCUGGCGAUGAUUCGAAACAUGAAAACAGCAGAGUUUGAAACGUCAUCAGAUAGUUUUGCAUCACGUGGUGCAUUUGCUGAAUUCAGACGAAGAAUAUCAAGUCGUCAAGGCAGCAAGCGAAGUAGUAAACGUGCACGUAGUAGUCAACAGGGGUCGGUUGCGAGUCCGGGGGUUUCCCGUCGUGGUGGAGAUUCUUCCGUUCGGUCUGCUAGAAGAAAUCGAAGAGCAAGCGACGAUGACGUCAUUGAUUACGGUUUGCCAUGCAGUCCUGUUGAAAAAGUCGUGUUCCACGACCGCCACCGUGCGGUUGUACGGCGUGAGCCUUCAUCCAGCAGCGGCAUUCGUUCAUUUGAUAGUCAUGAGUGCCUACAGCGGCCAAAUAACCUCGGUAGGCUCGCUUCCCCGAGUACCGAGGCUACUGGGUUCGAAACCUGCUCACGAGAGAGAAGUAACACUGUAACAGGAGAAGUCCGCAGUCCAGCGUUAAACAAAAUCCAGGCACAAACUUUGGAAGUUUCAAAACUUGGACAAAGUCUGCCUUUCNUUGGGAAUUAAAAACACAACACCGGACGGUGACCUAAAACUUGAAUCUUUUGACAAAAGCCCACGGCCUGGUCGUCGCUGCAACUCAGACGUCGCAAAAAGUGAUGACGAAACAAACGAGAGGCACAGUCGUGACGUUACUGAACCUAUAACGUCAUCAAAGGAUGAUGUAUUUCUUGAAACAGAGCGAACGAACUUUGUGGAGGAGGAACCAUCAGAAACUACGCAACAAACGAAAGAUAGUGACGACACAACUACGUCUUUAUUAAAGCACAAUGGUUUAUUGUCGAGUCAUGAUGAUGAACAAAAGCCAAGUUACAGGGACAGUGGGGUUGUCGAUACUUCGCAUUAAUUUUACUUUAUUUGUUUCUUUAACCUGAAUCACUUCAAGCGUAGACGCUAAACAAGUUCCCAUCCACGACGAUAUAAAUGACCAAACCAACCAAAAGUCAUGUUUGCUUUUCCUUAUUCACACACUGCAAUAGCUUUAGCAACUCGAUUGUGGGCAUGGGAGUGGAAACCAUGGAUAAGUCACUCAUGUUCCCACCCACAAGGAUAUAAAUGACCAAACCAACCAAUAGACACCUCUUCAUAGCCAGACAGCAUUGUUUAAACAUUUUCUUUUCGUGUCAAGUCUCCUCUUAUGCGUUUGUGGUGCUCUAAGUUACUUUCUGUUUCCUACUGUACCUUUACUGCUUUGUAAUCCGUCAAUGUUUCAAACUGUCUUCCACUGAUGCGUUGAAAUGUAGUGAGAACGUACUCCACAUCCAGGUAUAUCGUAAGUUACUUUGCUGCUAUUCUGUAUUUCACUGCCGUUUCUAUUCUAUAUGAGCGACAUCCGAAGGUAGAGCAGGGAUUAGGCUUAAAUUAACAGAAAUACAGCGUCGACGCACAAACACGCACCCGUAUGCAACUACCUGAAUAUUGUCCCCGAAUUAAACAACACAACAUAAAACGUUGUGUAAAUACAGAAUGACGCGGGAAAAUGAUUUUUGAAAUUGUUUCGUUUGUUUUGUAAUAAACACUGUUUUUGAUGACA